AUGUCGGUCUGUCAGCCAUCAGCGACACCGCGACACCGCGCUCGGCUCACCAUGCUCAGCCCCACCCCGACCACGGAUCUCUACCGCGUCGCCCUGUAUCUACACCUGCGGUCACACAGCGCAGCGUCGCUCCCCUCCCCAGCCCUCAGAAUAUGGAAAACCCUGCCCCACCUGAAGGCAGUGGUGAUUUAUCGAGAAUCUCCUCCAGAGAAGAUGGCCAACAUGUACACGAUGGAAGAAGUCCUGGAGCUGGGGGCCCAGGUGCCUGAGGAAGACCUGGACACCGUCAUCGACAUGCAGCGGCCCAACCAGUGCUGUGUGCUGAUCUACACGUCUGGGACCACCGGACCGCCGAAGGGCGUGAUGCUGAGUCAGGACAAUAUCACGUGGAUGGCACGGUACGGCAUCCAGAGCAGCAGCGCCUUUCAUUCACAAGCCAAACGGGAAGCGACGGUCAGCUACCUGCCCCUCAGCCACAUCACCGCCCAGAUGUACGACCUGUGGACAGGCAUGUACUGGGGGAUGAAGAUCUGCUUUGCUGAACCCAACGCCCUGAAGGGGAGCAUUGUGGACACGCUGCGGGAGGUGGAGCCUACGAUAUACCUCGCGGUGCCUCGGAUGUGGGAGAAGAUCAUGGAGCGCAUCCAGGAGGUGAUGGCCAGGUUGGGCUUCAUCCGGCGCAGGAUGCUGCUGUGGGCCAUGUCGGUGAUGCUGGAGCAGAACCUCACCUGCCUGGGCAGUGACCGGAAGCCCGUCAAAGCCAGGCUGGUGGAUUACCUGGUGCUGGCCAAGGUCCGCCAGGCGCUGGGCUUUGCCAGGUGCCAGUUGUGCUUCUGUGGAGCUGCCCCCAUGACUGUGGAGGCUGAGCGCGUCUUCCUGGGCCUCAACCUCCGCUUGUACUCAGGCUACGGCCUCAGCGAGGCCUCGGGCUCCCACUUCGUAUCCAGCCCCAACAACUACCGGCUGUACAGCUCUGGCAAGUGAGUGCCCGGCUGCCAGGUAAAGCUGACGAACCAGGACGCAGAUGGCACCGGCAAGAUCUGCCUGUGGGGCCGUGACAUCUUCAUGGGUUACCUGAACAAGGAGGACAAGACGCGUGAGGCCAUCGACGCUGACGGCUGGCUGCACACCGGUGACAUCGGCCGCCUGGACGCCCACGGCUUUCUCUACAUCACCGGGCGUCUCAAAGAACUCAUCAUCACAUCCGGCGGGGAGAACGUGGCCCCGAAACCCAUUGAGGACGCCGUGAGGAAGGAGCUGCCCAUCGUCAGCUGCGCCAUGCUGAUUGGGGACCAGAGGAAGUUCCUGUCCAUGCUGCUCACCCUGAAGUGCGUUCUGGACCCGGACACGUCGGACCCGACUGACCACCUGGCCGAGCAGGCCGUGGAGUUCUGCCAGCGGGUGGGCAGCACAGCCACCACAGUGUCCGAGAUCGUGGGGACGAAGGAUGAGGCUGUGUACCGGGCCAUUGAAGAGGGCAUCCAGAGGGUCAACAGGAAUGCGAUGGCCCAGCCCUACCGCAUCCAGAAGUGAGCUGUUCUCGAGAGGGACUUCUCCAUCUCGGGUGGAGAGCUGGGUCCCACGAUGAAACUGAAACGGUUCACGGUCUUGGAGAAGCACAAAGCCGUCAUCGACUCCUUCUACCAAGAGCACGGCAAGUGACCGGGUCCCCCGGCGUCUCACGAAGGCGGCGGGGGCGUGUUCCCGAGCCCGCGUCCUCUUGGGUCAGGGCACGCAGACUCCCGGCGGGUCUCCUAGGCCCCCCUGGCCCGUUGCGGCACCGGAGUCUGCACUUGCUAGGUCUCGUGCACUCACUAGGUCUCGUGCCCACGACAGCUGACGAUUCCGAAGCUGCGUGUGUCUAGUUUUAAGAGUUGCUUUUUGUUCAGGUGACAGGAGACCAGUUCUCCUUCCAGACCUAAACAGCUGACAGAUUUUGGCCUUAGUUCCAGGUAGAUUUUAUGGCUGCUGGCUCACCGGGUAGGCGGUGUGGGGAGGAGGGGAAGUCGGCUCGUGUUGCCACGUGUGCUGCGGGAAAGCCAACGGUUGUCACUCACUCGCCCCUUCUGGGGCCCGGUUGGGAUCCGCUGACCUGCCGCUCCUUUCCUGGGCUUUCCUCCACACGCACGCCAGCUGACGCGAUGCUUCCUAGACCUGCUGCUUACAUUUCACGUGUCAUUUGGAUGUUAAACUCCUUAACAGAAUUGUCGGCAAGGACCUGAUUUUUUUUUUGUCAAGCAGGUGGAACCCGUCCAGGGAGCGCUGGGUGUUUAACCCACAGGGCUGUGCGCGACAGGCAUGUGGGUGACCACUGGCGCCUGGCGUGAGCGAAGGCGCCAAAGGGUCAGGUGGAGCACUCCAGGCAAGCGGCCGGCUCUGCAGGUGCCGCCACCUUGCCACCCCUGCCCUGACACCUGACGCUGCCAUUCACAGUACAAGCCGAGCCACACCGACCCGAGGCAUCUGACGGAAACAGGGAGAGAAAGCAUGUGUCUCGGUCAGUUUUGGAAUUCUUUAUUAGCGAGCCCCAAAAUAAUUAGCACAAUCCCAUAAAACAGAGGAAGCGGCAGCUUGCACAGAGCACAGUACACGUAAGGUUGUAAGUCUGGUUACGAGCCUAGAGCGGCACCCAGACAGGGAUAUUUGUCCUU